AACCGGUAGAAUCAGAACACGGCGGCGAUUUGAAAAAGAAGCACAGAAUCCUUAACAACAAACUUACGGCAAAAUGACCUCUUGUCUACUUAGGGUUUCACUACAAAAUAGAGAGCUUCCAUGACAAAUAGAGCCCUUUCACUUUCGUGGAAGGAUGACGUAAUUACUUCCGCGAAUACGCCGACCGAAACCUCGCGCCCUUUGACCGCGUUCGCGGAAGUAAUUUAGCUGCUUCUUACGCCCAUGAAAGUGACAGUUCGCUAUUUUGUCGUGACGUUCUCUAUUUUGUUGUGAAAUACCGAGACAUGAUGUACUUUGAGAUUGCCGUCAGUUUGCUACUGUUGUGGAUUCUGUACCGUUUUAUAAAUCUCUGCCGUGUUCAAAUGGCUACAGGUGGUUUUUCCAAAAUCACUGACAGAAGGAGCUUGAAAUCUACCAGUAGUUGUGUGCCUACAAGUACGAGCAAAAAAUGCGUCACCGAAGAUUGGUCCUCGGUUCGCCGGUCCUGCGGUCUAAAUAACGAUACAGUUAAGGAACGCAAGGGUUGUAAGUCACCAGUCUUGGCGUCUACCGAAGACGACUUGACCUCUGUGGGACACUGUCGGAGACGCCUCCUUCACAACAGCUUGGAGGACCCGCGGAACACAGCGAAACUCACGGCCCGAUACGUUAACGAGAAACUGGCAGCAGAGCUCCUACAAGCGUUCCCUAAGGACAUAUACACGGUUGAAGACCACUGUCUGGAGGAGGAAGGGGGCUCAGAAGUCCUUGAGGCCGUGACAGUUUCCACCACAGACAACCUACAGGACCAGGUUUUGAUCUGCUGUAAGCCUUACAUUGUCGCUUUGAAGACUGGAACCAUGGACUUUGACAAGACCGGAGAUCAACUCUUUGAUUUUGUGGGAGAAGCUAUGGAAAUGAUGGAUGCGGGGAACUACAAGGGGGCGCUCCUGUUACUUCCUGAGCAAACGUUCCUGCCGCGUUACCUGGCUGAGAAGCUCCAACAGAAGGGAGACAUCUUCACCCUGCGUCACACUGAUGGGUUCGUUAGAGAUGUUGUAAAGUAUAUGAAAAAAGUGUCCAACUCUUGACUUCAGAAGUCAACCUUUGCUUCUCAGUACUUUCUAUAUACACGUGACAAAUUACAAAUUACAGAUUUAUUCAUUCAUACAUCGACUUCUUUCGCCAACCCUUUCAGAAUUCUGUCAUUUGUUACGAUCAUUUCAACAUAUAACCGUUUUGCCUUUCAAAGUAGAUUAAAAUACCAUAAAGAACGUAUCUAAUAUCGACGUCUGACGUCUAUCAUACUAUUUCUUUACUCUUUAUAGUGAUACAAUUAAUGUUAUAUAGUGUUAUAUAAAGGGACGACGUAAAAUAUAUAUUCUAUUUUGAACACGUGUGAUAAAUGGGUUAUGGAUUAGAAAUGGCUGUCACAAAUAAGGACUAC